CAUGACAUUUACUUUCAUGAAGAAGAGGAAAACGACUGAAAAGUAACCCUAAAAUAAGACUGCAAUAAAAGCGAAUUAAUGUUGAUUUGAGUGUAAACUGCAGACAGUCUCGUUAAAAUGUCUAAACAAGUGGGUCGAGUGUUGCGGAAAGCUGUCGGAAAGGUUGACCACAGUUCAAAACUCAAUACAAAUAUCCCAGCAGGAAUGGCACUCGCUGGUCCACCACUCGGACCGAUGUUAGGACAAAGGGGCAUAAACAUAGCAGCAUUCUGUAAGGACUUCAAUCAACGCACAAAGGAUAUCAGAGAAGGAAUUCCUCUGCCAUGCCGUAUCACUCCAAAAGCAGCGGAAAAGUCAUAUGAACUGGUCAUACAUUCACCACCGGCUACAUUUUUAUUGAAACAAGCCGCUGGCAUUCAACGUGCUGCCAUGAAUCCUGGAAAAGAAGUUUCGGGAAGGAUUACCAGGAAACAUUUGUAUGAAAUUGCGAAAAUCAAAUUGGCAGAUCCUCCGAAUGCUUUGCUCACAUUACAGCAAAUGUGCGAAAUGUUGGUUGGUGUAGCGCGAAGCUGCGGCAUUGAAAUAGUCGAUCGCCUAGAUCCGGAGGAAUACCAUCAAUUUUUGGAAGAACGGAAAAUCAUAGUGGAAAAUCAACGAAGAGAACUUCAAGAAGCUCGUGACGCGAAAAUGUUACGAACGGGAUAAUUGCUAGAUGUUUAAGUAGUAACGACAAUAGAAUUGGAGUAAAAUGAAACUUUAAUCGAAA